UUCUCCCACAUGACAGAACUAACCAAUGAACUUUUCUGGUUUGGCUUCAAUAUGGCGGACGCAAUUAUUUCUGAAAGACGUCAAUUUUAGUGUAUUGAUAGAUUACAAAUAUUUUGUCUGCACUUGGUUUUCCUCCCCAUAAAUGUCAGUUGAAGAACGUGGAUCGGUGUCAAAGAAUACGAAAAUAAAUCAAACCAUCAAACGUGGAUUGGAAUUGUGCAGUCAUAUUUACCAACAGUGCCAGGACACAGACAAUAUUAAUGAAUGUGGUGAACAUGACACAUAGAUGACAUGAUAAUGAUAUAAACACAAGAUCCAGUAUGUCUACACCACUGCCUCAGACCCCACAGAGUGGCUCUAUCAAGAGUAAUGGAGGGGAUGGCGCAGGGAUGCACCCACUAGCUACAUCACAGUCAGUGAAAGGAAUGAGCAAAGAAGAAGAAGAGGAAAUUUUGAAAGAAGUGUGCUCUAACAAUGGAAUUGGUUACAACAAAAUUACAAGUGCUAACGAUAACUCAAAUAAUGUUGACUUGCUGGAAAUUUUCUUCCUGGGUUAUCCCAAAAUGAUCGGACUAAACUUGUUUCCAAAUCUACGGAAGCUUGUGAUUAUUAACCAGCCAGCAUUACAGAAAAUUGAAGGGCUGAUACAUGUGCCAAAGUUAACAGAAUUGUGGAUUUGUGAAUGUGAUAUUAAGCACAUAGAGCAGUUACACCAUGUGAAACACCUACGAAAAUUGUAUUUAUACAGUAACAAAAUUGAGAGAAUAGAAAACCUAGAGGAACAGGCAGAGUUAGAAGUUCUCUGGUUAAACCACAACCAGAUUGUAAAUAUUGAGAACACAUCAAAACUUCCAAGAUUAAAACAGCUAAAUCUGGCGGAGAACAAGAUCGAGAAAAUAGGUCACACAUUAGAUUCUAAUCACAAAUUAGAGGAACUCAACCUAUCAGGCAAUAGAAUUUCUUCACUUAGGGAUUUAACAAAUUUGAUGCGAGUUCCGUCGCUGCACAGUUUGUGUUUGAAGGACCCGAUGUACACCCCAGCACCAGUUAGUCUACUGUGUAACUAUGCUACACAUGUGCUGUAUCAUUUACCAAACCUCACCAAACUGGACACAUACGAUGUUGCUGGAAAAAGUAUGAAUGAAGUUGCUGAGACCACAGUGAUGAAGAAGAAAAUGUAUUAUAACAUGAGGAUAAGAACUGUGUAUCGUAAUCUUGCUCAAGUUAUUGCCAAAAUGGAUGCAUUCCAGCAACAAAUGUUAAACUUUCCACAUGAGAGGCUUCGUGCAUUGAUCAGUGCAAUUAAAGAGAUGGAGAGAGAAGAAGACAGUCCCAUUUCUGAAGAUACUGUUGAUUGUAUAACUCCUUCUCCUGGAGAAAUUUCUGAGAAACAGUUAAAUCUACAGAAGUUGAGUUCAGCUCCAAAUUACAGUAAUAAGCUUGCUGCAAUAAAGGACAGAGUGAAGAAAUGGGAAAAAAAGUGUUCAGAAAUAGAGGCAUUUUACACAGAAACUGUGACCAGAUUUCGUGAAUCUGCAAAUACUCUUGUAAAUAGAAUGGUUGUAGAGUUAGAGUCAGGAGGAAAUGUGAGAUUUGAGGAGGGGUCUCCUUCAGACUUGUGGUUCACGUCUUGCCAUGACCUGUUGUUGUCUCGGUUCUGUGCAGCUGACUUUAGGGAACAUGGCAUUGUGGGUAUCAAGGUGCGGAGAAUCAUACGGUUACACAAUCGUACACUGCGGCAUAGGUUUGAUGAAAGACUCAUGUCAAUAGUGGAUGAUGCAGACGGGGAAUACUAUAUCUCAAACAGAAAUUUGGGUUACAAGAAAUUAUUAGAGUACUUGUUUUGGAUGUGGGAUCCAUCAUUACCUGGUGGAUGCAAUGAACCAGAAAGGAUUCUGGAGGAGGGCUUCAUGGAUGCUGAAAACUACAUGAAGCUGGGCAGAGAUGGUGCAGUACCAUUAAGCAACAGUUUGAGUUUGGCAGACAGACAUCGAAUAUCCUAUCUCAUGCAUAAAAACAGAGGCAAAGACAUUCAAGAGUUUUGUCCCUUUAAAUAUGGUCAGCUAGUCAUUUCAAAAGUUUACCUUGGUAAAAAUGCCAAAGCUUUAGAUGAAAAACAGAUACAGCAGAGUUCAUAUUCCAAGUUAGAUGCUGUAUACAGACCUAGAAAAAUGUGUAUCAGUCAUGACAAAAAUAUAUUGAACGUAGACAAUACCUCGUGUGAGUGUAGCUCUCGGCAGUGUGAGUGGUACAUAUUUAAUAACGAUUUGGUGCUACCUGAAUAUAUUGUAGAGUUUGAAUAUAUAACCAAGAUGAGGCCAAAGUCACCUUUUGCUGAUUUCAAUCAAGUGCUAUUAGAUAACAAGGACAGUACCUUCCCCAACCCUCCACACCAGGAGGAGGAUAAAAUGGUGGAUAGUGACGUCCUUAGUAUGGAACCUCAGUGCAAACCGAGACCCAGGUUGAUAGCACUGACAGAUGAAUUGCUGUUGAAGAUUACUGGUCAAGAGGAACUGGAACAUAUCACGGUGCUAAAUCUCCAUGGUAACGGUCUGACAAAACUGAAGCCUUUACAACCUCUCCGGAUGCUGAAAAGGCUUGUGGUCAGUUUUAAUGAGCUCACAAAACUAGAUGAACUCGCUCAUAUGGGAAUUGAACAACUGGAUGCCAGUUUUAACAAGAUUACAACAUUGGAGGGAAUGAAGAGUUUACACAAAUUGCGUAUGCUAGAUUUGAGUUGGAACAAGUUGACCAACACAAAGGAUGAGUUGUCCACAUUGAGAAAACACAUGCCAAAUAUAAACACAUUGGAUGUCAGACAUAACACUUGGCAGAAGCCUGACAACUUGCGAUUGAGAAUUAUUGGAAGGCUAAAAUCAUUAACAGUGUUAAAUGGGCACUCUGUGACUGAGACAGAGUCAUCUUCAGCGCUGAGGGUGGCGGCUGGGUCGCGGAUAUCUCAGGUGUCGCUGUUGACACAUGCUAGGACAGACCAUCACAGACCAAGGUCUUUGAGCCUCAAGUUAAUGGCACAAGUACUGUCAGCUACUAGUCGGAAUAAACCAGAGAAAAUAGGGGACCAUGAUACACACUGGUAUGCCAAGAUUACCUCACUAAACCUUGAUGAUCAGCAUAUCACUAAACUGUCCAAUAUGGAAAAGCUGGAGCAUCUGAAAUUUGCCUCAUUCAACAAUAAUGAUAUUACAAAAAUUGAAGGAUUUGAAAAUUGUCAUAAACUGGAAGAGUUGUCAAUAGAGAACAACUGUAUCAGCAAGUUAGAGGGUUUGUCCAAGUUGACACACUUACGGAGACUAAGUCUUGGCCAGAACUUUAUAACGUCAGUUGAUAAUUGCGGGCUAGAACAUUUAGUGCAUCUGCACUAUCUUGCAUUAGACAAUAACAAACUGACGUCCAUCACUGGACUGCAGAAUUUACUGCCACUUGUUGAACUGUAUAUAGGCAAUAAUCAAAUCACCAAUAUCAGAGAUGUGUUCCAUUUAAAGGGUUUAGGAAACCUGGUUAUCCUGGACAUGUUUGGUAAUCCGGUAGCCAGUGACAGUGAUAAUUACAGGCUGUUUGUUAUAUACCAUCUUAACAGGCUCAAAGCUCUUGAUGGAUCUGCUAUAGAAGCAGCAGAAGGUAACAGUGCCAAGGACAUGUUUGGCGGUCGGUUGACACCAGAUUUUGUGGCAGAGAAACUUGGUCACUCAAACUUCCUGGAAGUUAGAGAGAUGGAUCUACCUAGCAGUGGUAUCAGAAUUGUUGACCUCAGUCCAGGAGAUGUCUUUCUUAACCUUAGAAGUAUAAACCUGGAGCAUAACAACCUCACAUCGUUCAGUGGGCUCAUCAACCUUCCUAAUCUCAGGGUAUUAUGUCUCAACCACAAUCGUAUUGAAUGUGUGAUGCCGAAACAGAAACAGCCCAACAAGCAGAAGAUGACAACCAGCAACAGUACAAACACGCUGCGGAAUGGUGUAGAUCUCUUCAAUAAUGAUAUGAACUUAGCACCAGUGCUAGAAAACUUAGAAGUGCUACAUUUAGGGUACAACUGUAUAAAAGAUAUGGGUGCUUUGCAGCUGAGUAGGUUGACAGGAUUAAAAGCUCUGUUCCUUCAAGGAAAUGAGAUUCAGAAAGUGGAGGGCUUAGAGUGUCUCCAUGAUUUGCGAGAACUAGUUCUUGACCGUAACAAAAUCAAAAGCUUGUGUGAAACCUCGUUCAUUAACCAGUGGAACCUUCAGGAGUUACACAUGGAGGAAAACAGACUGCGAGAUCUUGCCAACUUUAACUGCCUCGAAAAUCUUCAGAGACUUUAUCUAGGUUCUAACAGGAUUCAGGAAGUUGGAGAGUUAGAAAACCUGGACCAUUUACAGAACCUCAUCGAAAUUUCUGUUGUUAACAAUCCUACAGCACGGCGUCACCUCCAUCGGCCAUUGCUUGUUUACCGGUUGAAGAGUCUGAUGGUGAUAGAUGGUAUUCCAGUGACAGAGGAAGAGCGGGCCAAGGCUGAUCUCUACUAUAUGGACCAACAGUGGAAACAAUUACCCAUCAUUAUUUCCAAGUUUCAGCCUCGCUAUGUAACUUCGAUAGAUGGCAGUGUUUUGAGCUCAUUUGAACCCACAAUUGCCAAUCAAGGGGCAGCGGAUGGCUCCCUCCCAGGUAUUGGGCAAUAUAAGACCCAAAUCCCUGUCAAGGUCACCAAUAUGCAACUUGCCACCUCACCACUCUGGAACGGCUCAAUCUUCUAUGAUGAUGCAACUGCCCAAGAUAACGCUCAGAGAGGUGGAGGUAGAAGAAAAUCCAAACAAGGCAACGGAGAGAAUGGAAUGCCGGCCCCACUCGGACGGACAAACACGAUGUACCAACAGCCAAGCAACACAGGGUAUGGAGGGUUUGCAUACACCACAAGCGGGAACCGGGCACAGUUCUUCUUGAAUCAAAUACCUUAUGUUGCCGCACAAUCUUCUCAGACUGCCGAGUAUGUUGAGUGGUUAACAAGAUAUAACAUUAGUAUUGAGAACAGAAUGAACAACAGCCGGAACAAUAGAAAAUGAUUGGACAAAAACAAGUCAUGUUACCCUUAUGUAAGCCCUCUCACAAAACAUGGAUGGCAAGAGCAAAUGGAACAGGGACUAGACAGACUUAUGUUACAAGAGUUUAGGAGUCUUCCAGAAGAUUUUCAACAAACUUACACUUAAGUUCAGACUGUUGGAAGAAACUACUUUGUGUCUUUCAAGACAUCGUAAUGAAGAAUUCCAUGGCUAUAUGUGGCUUCAAAUUACCAUCCAGCUUAACUGAGAAAUGUUUAAAUAAGUUGUAUAGAGACGCAAAAUUAAUAUUUUAGUUAGAUAGAAAUGUAGUCAAUACAAUAGAUCAAAUAUGAAUUGUAGAAAUUGAACAGUUGUAAUUUUACAGUGUCAUGAAAUUCUCUAUACAUGUAUACUGGAUUAAGGACUUGAAGUGUCCAUUUCUUAAGUUACAGGUAUUAUACUGCAUAAAGUUUCUAUGCAUUGGGUAAUUUUCAGAUUUAUUUUCAUAAUAUUCACAAAUAUUUUGAAAUUGUUACGGUCGCUUAUGCAUAGCUUGCAUGUUUAAAAAAUCCAGGGAGUUGACUCUGGCUCAGUGGUUAGAACAUUGGACUUCCACCCGGGCAACCUAGGUUUGAAUCCUGCCUAAUAGGCGCUUGGGAUUUUUCUCUUCAAUUUCUGUUACGCUCUUAAGUCAUAAGAAAAUUGCCAGAUCUAUAUUAGCUAAAAGAAAAAUCAUUUUCAUUUGCAAAUUUUACCCAAUUUAUAGUAAAAUGCAGUAAAAAUUUCUUAAUUGGAGGCAGAAUAGAGGAAACAUUUGAAAAGUUCAUUAGUGAAGCAUUAACUUUUCAAGCAAAAUUUAUGAGUUGGACUGAAUAACUUGAACAGGUGUUUGAAUUGCAUUUUUGCUGUCCGGUUUCAAGUGCUUAAAAAUUUGUGCUCCCAACUAACAAUAGGGUUUAUGAACAAUGGUUCAAAACCCUUCAAAAAUUGGUCUGUUGAGUAUUUUUAGGGGAAAUUAGCAAGAUUUUUUUUUAAAAUCAUGUCGAAGAAGUGUUAUUAUAAAGUUUGUUAAGCUAUUGUUAUGUAAAAUGUAUUUUUCGAAGACAUGUAGAUCAUAUUGAUCUAGGAGACUUGUUGGUCAGGGUAAAGGAUUCUAAUGUCAAAAUUAACUUAUGCAGUCACAGAAUAUCAAACUUGUAAAUGGUCCUACCAACAGCCUGUUCGGGCCUGAAAUAAUGUUUGGAGAAGCUCUUUUAGGUCUUCCACCCCCAUUCAAGCUGAAAUUCACAAUAUAUCAAAACUUUACCGUGUGACUUGAAACUGUACUGCCCUAGUAUACAUUCCAGUAUUUUUGUGUUGAAGUCUUUCUUCACCGUUUUAGAGAAUCUGUUUCAAUGGGCAACUGUUAUGUGUUAAACUUGGUAAAGGAAGGAAUAUUUGAUUCAGCCAUGUAAGGUCUCCCAAGUGUUAUUCACAAUUGUUUUAUAUGCAAAGAAAUAUUAAAGAAGAAUAAAAGUUCUGUUGCAUGUUUACUAUGUGAUUUUGCAGUAACUCCCAAUGGGACAUGCUUGUUCAUUUUGUACCCAUUAUUUAAGUCUAAAUGUCAUGUAUGCAAUACUGUAUAUUAAAACUUCAUGUAUAAUGUUUGAUGGUGUGUACAAAAUGAGAAUGUAAGAUUAUGUUUUAUCUACAUGAAAUUUAGUUACUUCGUUGUUUUUUUUUUCAAGUACAGAUGUAUGUAUGCAUACUUUUUGUUUUGUAACUGAGUCAGGAAUUACUUUCGGUUUGUAACGAAAGAAAUACCUUCUUAAAUACACAUUGCUUUCUAUGACGGAAGUCCACAUUUCUAUUCCUCAGUUUUUGAAAGUAUAAACAGUUCUGGAUUUAAUUUUUCUAAAUUUAAGAGCUAAAACACAUACUUCCUAUAGAAAUAUAGCGGUGAUGUAUUGUUCAAUCUUUAUAAAUUCUUAGUUUACUCAUACAUUGUGGUCUAUUCAACUUUUAAAACAAAUAGGAAUGUAUUUCUAGCUAUUUUGGCCUAAACUUCAAAAUUUUUAUACAUUAAGUUCACAGUAUUAAAAAUGUACUGAUCAAAGCCCAAUUUAUUUCCAGUAUUGUACAUAAUGUAUUAUGUGGUAUAAUAUAAUUAUAUACUAUAUUUUUGUUAUUUAAUGUACAUAUAAAAGCUGUUUGUACUUUGUGCAAUGUCCCUUCCGUCCAUGUAAAAAGUAGUUUUUUUAAAUAAAAUUCACAGAAUUAUGUUACAUUUCAAUCAGAAAAAUAAAAUCACAAAUGAAAAU